UGAUGAUGAACUCGAACAAAUGUAGCAGUAUUGAUCUAAUCGAGCCAAGGGACAUCCAAAACCUGAAGAUAUCGGGCAUCAUUGAAGGUAGAAGUUGACAACGCAACGAACCUUUUAGAUGGAUGCUCGUCAAAUGCGUGAUGUAGCGAUGUUUGUCACCUCAUACCCAACCCCUGACGUGUCCUUCAAUCUUGACAAAGGAAAAUAUACUGCUGGUCCCAUUACGCUCUUGCUUGUGAUGCAGACGAGGAUCCUGGUGAUCAGGCUGUUGCCGCACCUUUCGGCCCGGCAAAAAAGAUCGCAAAUCGGUGGCUCGUAGUACUUGGGGAGCCCACCACGAAACAGCUGUCAUCAAUCAACUGCAUUAAGACUCUCGGUAAAAUUGGAGCUCACAC